AUGGUUAUUAUGCUUAAAGCCCUUCUUCUAGGGCUCAGCGCAUUCCAGGCUGUGUCUGCAGAAAAGCCUAGCUAUACUGAGCUCUACCGUCCUCAGUUUCACUUCACUCCUUCCAAGAACUGGAUGAACGACCCCAGUGGCCUCUUGUAUCAUGAGGGGAUCUACCACCUUUUCUAUCAGUACAACCCUGGUGGAGCGACCUGGGGUGCCAUGUCAUGGGGCCACGCCACUAGUCGUGAUUUGACUCAUUGGGAGCAACAACCUGUCGCCCUCCUCGCCCGUGGCUACCCGAACAACAUCACGGAGAUGUUUUUCACCGGAUCUGCCGUGGUCGAUGUUGACAAUACAAGCGGUUUCGGCCACAGUGGCAAGACGCCUUUGGUUGCUAUGUAUACUUCCUACUAUCCUUACGCACAAACCAUGCCAAGUGGGAAGACAGUCCAAGCAAACCAGCAAGCCCAGUCCAUUGCCUAUAGUCUGGACAACGGCAUGACUUGGACCACGUAUGAUGCAGCGAACCCGGUGAUUUCGGAUCCUCCCGCCCCAUAUUCCGAUCAGUUCCUCAACUUCCGUGAUCCCAAUAUCUUCUGGCACAAACCGACGAAGAAGUGGAUUGCUGUCCUUUCUUUGGCAGAGCUUCAUAAGCUCCUUAUUUAUACAUCCAAAGACCUUAAGAACUGGACUCUUGCCAGUGAAUUCGGGCCCGUAAAUGCCGUCGGCGGGGUGUGGGAGUGUCCGAAUCUCUUCCCACUAUCUGUCGACGGUGACGAUGACAACCUGAAAUGGGUUGCAAUGAUCGGACUCAACCCUGGUGGGCCCCCUGGAACUAUCGGCUCGGGCACGCAAUAUGUGGUUGGAAACUUCGACGGAACCACAUUCACCGCCGAGGCCGACAGUUUAUAUUCAGGGACCACCCCUCCUCCAAGCGACAGUAUCGUUUUUGCAGAUUUCGAAGGUACAGGGAGCUUUGCCGAUCUUGGUUGGACCCCUGCUGGAGACUUGAUCGGCCAGUCACCAGUUAACGGCACCCUGCGUGGACAGAACCCCGUAACUGGCUAUUUGGGCAAGCGCCUCGUCAACACAUUCUUAAAUGGAGACGCCACGACUGGGACACUCACCUCUAGAUCCUUCACAAUCUCCAAGAGAUACAUCAAUUUCCUCAUUGGCGGCGGCCAUGAUUUCAAUAAUACAGCCGUGCACUUGAAGGUGGAUGGCCAAAUCGUGCGUUCCGCUACGGGCACGAACAGCGAGAGCCUCUCAUGGCAGAGUUGGGAUGUCGGCUCGCUGCUGAAUCAGACUGCCGUGAUUCAGAUUGUUGAUACCUCAUCUGGCGGCUGGGGCCAUAUAAAUGUCGACGAAAUUUCCUUCUCGGACUCUAUGGCGCGAAGCCAAGUGGCUAACUGGGUAGACUGGGGCCCGGAUUUCUACGCGGCUCAGAGCUAUAAUGGACUACCUCCAGAUGAGCACAUCGCUAUUGCCUGGAUGAACAAUUGGCAAUACGCUGGGGUGAUCCCUACUAGCCCAUGGCGCAGUGCAACGUCAAUCCCUCGAGAAUUCUCAUUGAAGACGAUCGAUGGAAAGGCUACUCUGGUGCAGGCCCCCACGGAGAAAUGGGGCUCCAUCGUGAGACGCAAGGCCCUCGAUCGGUCAUGGUCUUCCUUGAAUCAAGGCACAAAGUCACUGGGCUCCGUUGGAAAGGCACUGCAGAUUGAACUCAGUUUCUCUGACCGAGAACCAGCUGCCGCGGAAGCCUCUCAGUUCGGAAUCAUUGUUCGGGCUACCCCAGACCUUAAACAACAGACACGCGUUGGCUACGACUUCUCAACUAAGGAAAUAUUCGUCGAUCGAAGCCAGUCUGGUGAUGUUUCAUUUGAUGGCACUUUUCCCGCCACCUAUUACGCUCCGCUUGCUGCUACCGCCAAAGGUCAAAUCAACUUGCGGAUUUAUGUGGACUGGUCUAGUGUUGAGGUCUUCGGAGGCGAGGGUGAGACUACAAUGACCGCCCAGAUAUUCCCAAGCGAUAGCGCAGCCCAUGCCCAGAUCUUCUCCACGGGAGGAAACACCCAGAAUGUCCGAAUUAGAAUAAACGAGAUUUCUUCGGCGUGGGCUGAUUAG